ACAGUAGACGUCGAGGACGAAUCCUUGAAUUUAUUCAUUAUAUCAAAAUAUUUGUAUUUUAUUAUCUAAUUUUCGGUGAUCAAUAUUUGAAACAAAUAGAACGUAUUGGAGCAGUUUUAUUUUAAAAAUAUAUAUUUUUUAAAAACACCGUGGGAGGUGGCAUACAUAAUUAUUCCUUUUUUAGUAUCAGUAAAAUGUCUGAAGAAGUAGUUACUACUCCUGAAGAGUUAUUGGAAAAUGAGGAUGAUGGUAUUUACAAACCUCCUCCAGAAAAAACUAUUGAAGAAAUUCUAGAGAUAGAUCAAGAUGAUGAAAGUUUGAGAAAAUAUAAAGAAACAUUGUUAGGAGAAGCACAAGUAGGUCCAGUUAUAGUGGAACCAGAUAAUCCAAAGAAAGUGAUACUGAAAAGAUUGGUGCUAGUCGUGCCUGAUAGGCCAGAAGUAUCUCUUGAUUUAACAGGAGAUCUAUCCAAACUGAAAAAAGAAACAUUUAUAAUAAAGGAAGGUAUUUCAUAUAGAAUGAGAAUUGAAUUUAUAGUCCAAAGAGAAAUCGUUCAUGGCUUGAAGUACAUUCAAAAGACUAGCAAAUUAGGAGUGACAGUGGACAAAAUAACUCAUAUGGUAGGAUCUUUCGCCCCCAACUCCGCAAUUCAAUCUUAUACCACCUCUCCUGAAGAUGCACCAUUUGGUAUGAUCUCAAGAGGAACAUACACAGUCCACUCCCUCUUCACUGAUGAUGACAAAAAUGAACAUUUAAAAUGGGAUUGGACCUUUGAAAUAAGGAAAGACUGGAAAGAUUAAAGUUCCUAUGGGCGUGCGGCCAGUAUUUUUAAAAUACGUUAAUAUUUACCCAAUGUCAGAACUAUUUUAUAUAAGCAUAACCUUUUUUGAAGCAACAAAAAAUCUUUUUUAAACUUUGCAGAUAUACUAAAAGUAUUGCCUUGAAUGUAUUAAAAUAUAUAUUGUCUAUCCAGUAAAGUAAUCUUUUAAUUUGGUAUAUAUUUUGUUUUCUUUUCAGAUUCUUACUUUCUUUAAAAGUACUAAAUAGAAUAAUUUACAAGUUAAUGUUACUAAAAGUCACAAUUUUAUAUACUCUACAAUUCCAGAUCAAUCUACCUUGUCUAUGUACAAACUAAAUAUAAUUAUUUUCAGUCUGUAUUUGUACAACUCUAUGUAGUGUGCUCACAUUCUGUGAAAACAAUGUCAAAAAAUAAUUUCCUUUAUCUCCUAUUCUAACAGGUCGAUAAUAGUAACAGUACCUACUUCUGUUUUGUACAAAAUUAGAUCAAGUUCAAAAAUAAAAUCAAUAAUAGAAUUCUUAUGGAAGUCAGUAUAUUUAAUUUUGUUUUCUGCAUAUGUGGACAUAUGAUUACUAUGUUGAAAAGACAGUUCAAACUAUUUUUUUGAGUGUAAAAUGCUAUAUUUAUUUUAAUAAGAAUGUAGGAAAAUGCAUUACAGAUGAUUAUUCAGAAAUUUAUACGUAAAUAAAAGUGUAAACAUCGUAAUUGUUUUUUGUUUCUCCCUGUAUAAUCAGCAUUGCGUGGUAAAUUGGUGUAUAAUGAGAGCUUAAAAGAUAUCUACAGAUAGAAUAAAAUGUUUGUUUGCAAAAUUUGUAAUAGACAGGGAAAAUAAAAAAUUUUGAUUUACGAUGGAGAAAAUUAUUGUCAAAAAUAAUCAAAUAUCCUUGAGAAAAAUUGAAAAAUGUUUAAGUGAUAUAAUAAAUCCAUCAUUAUAACUUAUGAAUAUAGUAGAUUAAAUAUUGGUACAAG